AUGGCACACAAUGCAGCUCAGGAGAGAUACAUUGGUUUUAUGAAUCCCAAGGUAGCAAUUGAUUAUCGCAUUGAGAAGUGGACUGAUGAGGAUCUUCAUCUUUAUAAGAAAAGGUUGACAUAUUCACUUAGAUGUAUCAAGUUCCUUUUGCAUCAAGGAUUGGCAUUUCGUGGACAUGAUGAAAAUGAAGAGUCUAGCAACAGAGGAAAUUUCAUUGAACUUUUGAAGUUUCUUGCAGAAAAUAGUGAUGAAGUGAACAAGUAUGUCUUGAAUAAUGCUCCAGGUGAUGAGUCUAGUGACAUAUCACAUAAAGAACAACUAGCUCUUUGUUUACAUUAUGUCGAUAAACUUGGAAGGCCUUGUGAACACUUUAUUGGAGUUGUUCAUGUAGAUGAUACUACCUCUUUGUCACUUAAGGAAGCUAUUGAGGGUUUACUUGUUAGUCAUGGAUUGACUAUGACUCAAAUUAGAGGUCAAGUUCUUGUUGCUAUUGCCAAGACAAAUACUGAUUGUAAGAGCUUUUUUGAUCAAAGAAGGGAUCAAGAUAUUCUUAAUGCAAUCUCCCUUGUUAAUGUGGCAAAGAAUAAAAUGCAACAGUUAAGGUCUAAUGGUUGGGACCACUUCCUUGAGAGGGUCACUUCUUUUUGCAUUAAACAUGAUGUUGAAGUUCCUGCUAUGGAUGGUGAUUAUGUGCCGUAUGGAAAAUCAGCAAGGUAUGCCCGAGCCCGAAGCCAAACAAAUGAUGACCAUUUUAGAAGAGAAGUAUAUAUUGGUGUCAUUGAUCAAAUUAGUCAAGAGCUUGAUAAUCGGUUUGAUGAGAUCAAUAUGGAGCUACUUUCUUGUAUGUCAGCCUUCAGUCCUUCCAAUUCAUAUGCUUCGUUUGAUGCACAGAAGAUACGUAGAUUGGCUGAAUUUUAUCCUAAGGACUUCUCCAACAAUGAUUUUCUAAAACUUGAAUUGCAACUUGAUAAUUAUAUUAAUGACAUGCGACGAGAUGAUAGCCUCAAGGGUCUAGACAACAUCGUUGAUCUCUCAGUUAAGCUUGUUCAAACACGGAGGCACAAAGUAUAUGAUAUGGUUUACUUGCUUCUUAAAUUGAUAUUGCUUUUACCAGUGGCAACAACGAGUGUUGAAAGAGUAUUUUCUGCAAUGGUUAAAGUGAAAACAAAAUCAAGGAAUAAGCUCGGUGAUAGUGUUUUGAAUGAUUGUCUAGUCACAUUCAUUGAGCGGGAUAUUUUCUUCCAAGUGGACGAAGAAGAUAUAAUCAAGACAUUCAUGUCAUUCAAAAAACAGCGGGUAAACAAAGCAGACAAGUAA